AUGCAGCUUCCUCCCCAGUCUCAGAGCCGCCAAGACCCGCAGCAGCAGCAGCAGCAGCAGCAGCAGCAGCAGCAAAGUGCGCACAGUCUGCAGCAAAGCCAGCCGCUGCAGCAGCCGCCAGCAGCAGCAGCUUCGCUCCUCCAAAGUGCAGAGAAAGGCCCUUGUUGGGGAGGCGUUAGAGACUGGCGGGGAAGGGCGGCUGCAUGCGAUGGGCACUUGAGGGGUGCCCCGGGGUCGCGAGGCCUCGUGCUGCUGCCUCCAGCGGCGCAAAGAGCUUCAAAACGCAUUUAUUUGACAUUUAAUUGCAAUUUAAAUGCAAAUAAUCCUUCAAAAAUAACAGUUCCCGCAGAUCUGCUGAAGGUUACCGUGCUUGGCGCCGGCCAGGAUGUCGGGCGCAGUGCGGUGUACGUACGGCGCGGCGAGCGGGGGCUGCUGUUCGACUGCGGCAGCCACUUGGGCGCCAAACAAGCGAGAAAGCUGCCACUUUUGAAUUUGCUUCUUCAGUUGACUCCGCAAAAAAGUGGAAAAGAUGAUCUGCAAACAAUGGAGGAGGCGCUGCUCGAGCCUUCGCCGCUGUUCGCCUGCUGUACAGACGCCGCUCUCAUUUCCCACUUCCACAUGGACCACUGCGGCUCUUUGCCUUCGUUUACAGAACGUCUUGGAUAUCGAAACCCAAUAGCCAUGACUUUCCCCACCCGCGCGUUGAGCCCAGUGCUGCUGCUGGACAGCGCGCGCAUCUUUAAAGAGGCUUCUUUCCGGGGGCGGCAGCAGCUGCUGGCUGAGGCCGAAGGCGGCGGCAGAGACGCGGGCCUCAGCAGCAGCAGCAGCAGCAGAGACGCGAGCCUCAGCAGCAGCAGCAGAGACGCGGGCCUCAGCAGCAGCAGCAGCGCCAGCGGCGAAGGCCGGGGGGCCGCAGCCGCUGGCGCUGCUUCGCAAGAACAGUGGAAUUACACUGAGGCGGAGGCGCAGCGCUGCAUGCGCCGCUGCGUGGCUCUGCGGCUGCACGAGUCUUGGGAGGCGGGGGGGUGGACAGUGACUCCCUACUACGCUGGCCACGUUUUGGGGGCUGCCAUGUUGCAUGCGCAGCUCCCUGGAGGCCCUUCGAUCGUGUACACAGGAGACUUCAACACUUCGCCCGACAGACACUUGGGCAGCGCGAGCAUUCCGAGGCUGCGGCCGGACUUGCUGAUCAGCGAGUGUACGUACGCCUCGUUUGUGCGGCCUUCGAAGAGAAUUACGGAAAGAGAGUUCUGCGACGCUGUGCACGAGGCGCUGAAGAAAGGAGUGGGAAAUGAGGACAAGUCCUCAGCACUUAGAGUUUGUGUUGUACUUUGUUUUGUAGAACUUGUUGUCUUUUCCUGCAUGACAAAGGACAAGUCCUCAGCACUUAGAGUUUGUGUUGUACUUUGUUUUGUAGAACUUGUUGUCUUUUCCUGCAUGACAAAGGACAAGUCCUCAGCACUUAGAGUUUGUUGUUGUGCUUUGUUUUGUAGAACUUGUUGUCUUUUCCUGCAUGCAUGCGCUGCAGCAGCAGACGCGCAGCUGCUUGCUGCACUGCGUUUUGCUUCCAGGGCAAAGUGCUGA